AUGGUGCUCGCGUACGUCGGUGUCCGAUUCUUCGCUCGUACGGCCACGAAGCUGCGUGCGCCGUCCGCGCCCGGGUGCCAUGGGUCUCAGCGCAACUUGUCGUCGCUCCCGUCGCACUACGCGCUGCCCUCUGGGGACAAGAUCCCUGCAGUAGCCCUCGGGGUGUGGCAGGCAGGCAAGGGAGAAGUAGGAGCAGCUCUGAAGACGGCGCUGGACACGGGCUACAGGCAUAUUGAUGGUGCUUGGAUCUACGGGAACGAAGCAGAAGUGGGAGAGGCGAUCAAGGCGAGCGGAGUUCCUCGCGAAGAGCUCUGGCUGACCUCUAAGCUUUGGAAUACGUUCCACGCGCCAGAGGACGUCGAGUCCGCUCUGGACGACACGUUGAGCAAGCUUGACACUGAAUAUCUCGAUCUGUAUCUGAUGCACUGGCCAAUCGCAUUCAAGAAAGGCACAACAGAGCUCGACGAGACGCUGACGGCUAACCCGUACCCCACAUGGCAGAAGCUGGAGGAGAUGGUUGAGAAGGGCAAAGUUCGCAACAUCGGCAUUAGCAACUUCAACAUUCCCCGCGUACAGAACCUGACGGCGAACGCGCUGAAGGUGCAGCCGGCCGUGAACCAGGUCGAGCUCAACUUCUGGAACCCCCAGCCGGAGCUGCUCGCGUGGUCCAAGGCGCACGGCCUGCUGCUCGAGGCGUACUCGCCGCUCGGCAGCAGCAAGCAGGUGAAGGAGACGCUGGACCUGCCCGUCGUGCAGACGAUCGCGAAGCAGCUCGGCAUCACGCCUGCGCAGGCGAUCAUCUCCUGGCAUGUGCAGCGCGGGACGAUCGUCCUUCCGAAGAGUGUGACGCCGUCGCGUGUGCAGGAGAACUUCCACGUGCAAGCGCUGCCCGACGAUCUCUUCGAGGAGCUGGAAAAGGCUGCGACCUCGCACUCUCCGCAGCGCGUUGUGAACCCGUCGAAGAAUUGGAAGCUGUCGUUUGACGUGUUCGAUGAUUACCCUCAGUAGUGGAAGACAGUACUGUAGGUUAUGCGGGCGGAUUGUCCAUGUAAGGACGCUGUAUGUGGGAGUGCGUAGCGUCAAUUCUUGUCUCCGUCAAAAUAUAUGAUGGCCUUCGCCCCUG